UCUCUUUCUUUCUCUAUCUCUCUAUCUGUCUCUCUCUCCUUCACUCUCCCUGGAUUCCUUUCUGUGAUGACAUACGUGCGGUGUUGUGUCUCACUGGCCGCUCAUCGAAAUAACUGCAAACAUUUGACUGAAGCGAACUCUGGACACGACCGUCGCUGCUGCUUCCUGUCUCCACUGUAAACCUGUGAGGCCCUUGACAUUUGAAAACCAAAGUAUACUCCUAAGCGACGAAUAUAACAUCCUGCUGCUCUGCUGUUGAAGCUGCCUUACUGCAUGUAUUCAGUUUCACAGUGGACCAUUGUACGGUGAUCACACCAUGGUGUCAAAACCUCACCCUCCUCUAAUGAAGAAGCACAGUCAGACAGACUUGAUAAGCCGUCUGAAGAGUCGGAAAAUCCUGGGAGUCGGUGGAGAGGACGAUGAUGGGGAAGUCCACCGAUCAAAGAUCAGCCAAAUGCUUGGAAAUGAGUUGAAGUUUGCAGUGCGAGAACCUAUUGGGUUGAGGGUGUGGAUACUCUUCUCAGCAGUGGGUUUCACGGCCAUGGCCCUCUUGGCUUUGAUAUUUCCCAACCAACUAUAUGAAGUUGUUUUUGAGGAGGAGCUCACCACGACCAGCAUCUCUGUGCGCCUUUAUGGAGGAGCAUUACUCAGCCUGGCCCUCAUCAUGUGGAAUGGUCUGUACACAGUAGAGAAGAUCAUCAUCCAGUGGACUCUGCUCAGUGAAGCCUGCUACUUUGCUAUCCAGUUUCUAGUGACCACCUUCACUUUGUUGGAGAUUGGAAUCCUGCCAGUUGCUUCUGUUUUUCUGCUGCUCAGUCGAGUGCUCUUCCUUGCAGUGACCAUGGUUUACUACUACCAACUGGGCCGCAAGCCAAAGAAAAUCUGAGCUGCCUGUAUGUUGCUUGUGGGGAGGGGACAUCUAAGCAACGAUCACAAACAGAAGGUUUGCAUAUGUAAUGGACUGGGGUCGACAGUGUUUCUUUAACUGAGGUUGCUCCCAGUCCUUUUUAAAGGCACCUAACCAGUUGUGAUCCCUAGUAUUGAACAAAUGUACAGUGUCACACAUUCCAGACUCUCGCAACACAAUUGAAAAACCUCAUAGAUAAAGUGAUUUACUCCUUUGCUGGACUGUGAGGUCAAGACCCUCUUGGCACACAUAUUCCUUUCUGUGCUGACUGCUGUUUAUUAAAAUGAGGAGCUAGCAGUA